AACAAGCUCACCCUCUAGCGGCACGGGUAUCGGCACGCUUACCCCAGAUCAUCAUAUGCCGCUGCCUGCAUCAAUAUCUUGCCUUCAUCUGGACGAAACUCCUUCUUUCUCUUCAGCAGUCACACGUCGUACUCGGCCGUUCGUACCACAUCAGGAUAUCGCACCUACAUCUCAGUCAGCAUGGUUGCUUCAAGACACAGAGACCUGUUUCGCAGCACUUCAGGACGUGACCAGCAGCAGUAUCGACAUCUAGACUUGGAAAACGGCAAUGGCAACCCCUACACACCACAUCCGCGACAGCGUUUCCGUGAUGCCAUCGACGCUACCAUGACCAAGCAGCAUGCAAUUGACCUAAAGAAGCAACUAUUAGAAAACGUGGACAGCAAUGCGCUCGAAAAGUUUAGGAAAAGCGACGAAGAGCUGAAGAAGAUCAGCAACAAAAAGCUUCGCAAGUUCUACGAAGACCAGAACACGCGGCUGGACGACUGGCUUGAAGUCGACUCCAUCGUUUCCGCGCUCGCCGAUGAUGUCCUGGACAGCAUGAACCCCCGAGACCUGGACCACGACGGCGUUGCAGAAGACCGAGGCCCUUUGGGCCUCAGCGAAGACCGUGUAGAGUGCUUCUUGCCCGACGAAGAGCGCGAACGCCGCCGAAAAUCUGCUAGAAACGUCAAAUGGGCCAUCAACAUCAACGUCAUCGUCAACAUCCUCCUCCUCGCCGCCAAAGCUAUCGCAGCCAUCUGGUCCAACUCGCUCUCCCUCAUCGCUUCGCUCGUUGACUCCGCCCUCGACCUCCUCUGCACCAUCAUCAUCUGGUCCACCAACCGCCUCGUCGGAUGGAAACUCGACCGCCUCAAAGCGCGCUUUCCCGUCGGCCGCCGCCGUCUCGAACCCAUCGGUAUCCUCGUUUUCUCCAUCAUCAUGAUCGUCUCUUUCCUCCAGAUCCUCCAAGAAUCGGUGUCCAAGCUGCUUCCCUCAGGCGACCACACGACCGCGACUCUCCCGCCGGCAGCAAUCGGCUCGAUGGUCGCCACCAUCGUCGUAAAAGGCACCAUCUGGAUCGGCUGCGCGCGCAUCAAGACGACGCAAGUCCAGGCCCUCGCGCAGGACUGCAAAACAGACGUCUACUUCAACACGCUGUCUCUCGCAUUCCCGCUCAUCGGCGCCCAAGCAGAUAUCUGGUGGCUCGACCCCGUCGGCGCAUCCAUCCUCUCCCUCUUCAUCAUCUAUGAUUGGGCCGGUACCAUGCUUGAGAACGUGACCCGAUUGUCCGGCCAAGCUGCUGACGACCGCACGCAAAGAAAGAUGAUGUUCAUGGCGUGGCGGUUUGCGCCGCUCGUGCAGGGGUACAAGAGCAUCAAGAGCUACCACGCGGGCGACGGUGUGUGGGUGGAGAUGGAUGUGUUGAUGGAUCCGAAGGCGCCGUUGAGAAAGUGCCAUGAUAUUGCGGAGACGCUGCAGUAUUGCACUGAGGGACUGGGGGAGGUGGAUCGCGCGUUUGUGACGAUGGAUUAUACGAGCCAGGGUCCGACAGGGCAUGCGGCGGAGAAUGAGUAAUAUUGGCAAAGUGCAUAAACGAUUGUUUGUAUUGUUUUGUAUUGCACUGUUCUGCAUAGUUCUGCCUGGCUGAGCUGGACGCUGCUGGCUUUCCUGCUUCUGUCGAUUCUUUUGGAUUCUGUAGGGUUCGUUGUUUGCAUUGCGCGGUUUGGCAUUUCCGGGCGCCUGUAUCAGUAGUCACUUCGCAUUUGCUAUUGCCUAGGGAUUUUGGACCUACCCCU